CACAAAUUCUACUGCUACUGUAUUCCUCCAUUUUCAAUGGCUUGCAGUGUCACUUCUACUGCUCUUCUCUCUUCAUCAAACCCUAGGGCUUCUGCUUCUGCUGCUGCUAUACCCAAAUUGUCUUCAUUUUCUCAGUCAACAAUUGUUCCUUCUUCUUCAUCUUUCAAUGGACUCCGCAACUGUAACACUUUAGUUUCUCGUAGCCCACAUUCCAAUUCUUCUCGCACCAACAAAUCCCGAUCCUUCGUCGUUCGUGCCUCUAGUGAAGUCCCACUUGUUGGAAAUAAAGCACCAGAUUUUGAGGCUGAGGCUGUUUUCGAUCAAGAGUUCAUCAAGGUUAAACUUUCCGAGUAUAUUGGAAAGAAAUACGUGAUUCUCUUUUUCUACCCGCUGGACUUCACAUUUGUUUGCCCGACAGAGAUUACUGCUUUCAGUGAUCGUUAUGAAGAAUUUAAGAACGUGAACACAGAAAUAUUGGGUGUCUCGAUAGACAGUGUGUUCUCCCACCUUGCCUGGGUCCAAACUGAUAGGAAGACUGGUGGACUUGGUGAUCUGAAUUAUCCAUUAAUUUCAGAUGUGACAAAGUCAAUUUCAAAAUCUUACAAUGUGCUGAUACCGGAUCAGGGAAUUGCGUUGAGAGGACUUUUUAUCAUUGACAAGGAAGGAGUUAUUCAACACUCCACCAUUAAUAAUCUUGCAAUUGGUCGAAGCGUUGAUGAAACAUUGAGAACACUUCAGGCAUUGCAAUAUGUUCAGGAGAACCCAGAUGAGGUAUGCCCAGCUGGGUGGAAGCCUGGUGACAAGUCAAUGAAGCCAGAUCCUAAAGGCAGCAAAGAAUACUUUGCAUCCAUAUAAAGGGAUGAGAUGAUAGCUACAAUAUCUCUAUUCAUUUGUUGUUAAGUGAGGUUGUAGAGCUUCUGUAACUUUUUUUUCUCGACCUAUCUACUUCGAGUUUUGAUCAUUUCUCUGAAUAAUGUAUGCCUGAGUCUUCCACAUAUUCUGAACUUAGAUCAUAGAUUGAUAAUGACAGCAUGUAAAAGAAUGGUUCUCAAAACUUCUAUGUUUGAAAUUAGUCACUUGUGU